CUACAUGGAUGACAUCACCUCCCUCAGUAGAUGCCGUGAUGGACUCCUCCUCUGUCUGAUCUGGGAGCUGUCAGCUCAGUCUGCACUGAUCUCACGCUGCAGAGCUACUGGGUCUAAUUAAGGCCAGACUUUGGCUAUUUGUUUGUUUUUUUCUUUUUGGUGACCGUGUGCGCGGACAAAGCUGUUGGAACUAUUACUGGAUUCAAAGCAACAAAAACAUUCAUGAUCGGGAAGAUGGACGGGAGAAUCCAGAAGAUAAGUGAGGUUUUGAUUGGUUUAAUAAACCGUGAGUGAAACAGCUUCGAUCAGGCUAAUAGAAGUGUAUACAAGAUGGCAAAAGUCUGCAGUGAAACCUCCCUGUCAGCACGACAGCGGUUGUCCACAGACGAUGAGCUCGCUGUCAUUGAAAAUGGAGGGAGCAGGAUCCAGUCUGAAAGGGGAAGCAGCUCCCACGGAGCUCUGACCCCCAAACCACACACAGGUGCCACAGCAAUGGCAAGAAUGAAUCGCACAGAAGAGAGGCGUGACUCUUUUCUCGAGCGUUUCAGAGGUCCUAAGCUCAGAGAUGCGUCCAGCGCAGGGAACAGGUCGGAUGAGGACAAGCUUCGACACAGGAGUAAGUGGCCUCUGGCUACUUACAACAUGAAUAACUGCAACAACACUGACGACAAAAAGGAGGACAAAAAAGAAGAGAUUAAGAAAGAUGAGAAAAAGGAGGAGGAGAAAAAAGAGGAUAAAGAUGGCAAAAAGGAGGAGGAGAAGAAAGACGAUAAAAAAGAUGAGAAGAAGGAUGAGAAGAAGGACGAGAAGAAGGAUGAAAAAAAAGAUGAUAAGAAAGAUGAUAAAAAGAAAGAGGAACCCCCGAAAGAGGUGUGGAUCAUGGAUCCAUCUGCAGACCAGUACUACAGAUGGUUGACCGUCAUCGCUGGGCCCGUCUUUUACAACCUGAUGAUGAUUGUAACAAGAGCCAGCUUUAAUGACCUACAACAAUCGUACACAAGGCUGUGGAUAGUCUUGGACUACACUGCAGACCUAAUCUACCUCGGAGACACUUUUGUGCGUUCAAGAACAGGUUAUCUGGAACAAGGUUUGCUGGUGAAAGACUCCAAAAAGCUUAGAGACAAGUACAGAACAACAUCGCAGUUCAAGUAUGAUAUGAUUUCAAUGAUACCCACUGAUCUGCUGUUCAUACAAUAUGGAUUUGACAAUCCAGAGUUCCGGUUCAACCGCCUCUGCAAGAUCCAGAGGCUCUUUGAGUUUUUCGAGCGGACUGAGACGAGGACGAGUUUCCCCAACAUGUUUCGCAUCAGCAAUCUCGUACUUUACAUCCUGGUCAUCAUCCACUGGAAUGCCUGUGCGUUCUUCUCAAUUUCAAAAACCAUUGGCUUUGGCUCAGACACUUGGGUCUAUCCCAACAUCAGCCACCCAGAGCACGGCCGCUUGGCAAGGAAGUACAUCUACUCUCUGUACUGGUCCACACUGACACUCACCACUAUCGGAGAGACUCCUGCCCCUGUCAGAGAUGUCGAGUACCUAUUUGUCAUUGCGGACUUUCUUACGGGUGUGUUGAUUUUUGCUAGUAUUGUCGGUAACGUCGGUGCCAUGAUCUCUAACAUGAACGCCUCUCGUGCGGAAUUCCAAGCAAAGAUCGACUCCAUAAAGCAAUACAUGCAGUUCAGGAAAGUCACUAAAGACUUGGAGGCCAGAGUCAUCAAGUGGUUUGACUACCUGUGGACGGAGAAGAAAACCUGUGAUGAGAAGGAAGUCUUGAAAACCCUCCCCGACAAGCUUAAAGCAGAGAUUGCCAUCAACGUUCACCUUGAUACGCUAAAGAAGGUCAGAAUUUUCCAGGACUGUGAGGCCGGUCUGUUGAUUGAACUGGUGCUGAAGCUGCAGCCUCAAGUGUUCAGUCCAGGAGACUACAUCUGUAAGAAGGGGGAUAUUGGCAGGGAGAUGUAUAUUAUCAAAGAAGGGAAGCUUGCGGUGGUGGCAGAUGAUGGAGUUACUCAGUUUGUAGUUCUCAGUGAUGGAGCAUACUUUGGAGAAAUCAGUAUCUUGGGCAUCAAAGGUAGCAAAGCUGGUAACCGGCGAACCGCCAACAUCCGAAGUGUGGGAUACUCUGAUCUCUUUGCCUUGUCCAAAGACGAUUUGAUGGAGGCACUCACUGAGUAUCCAGAUGCCAAGAAAGCUCUGGAGGAAAAGGGAAAAGCCAUUCUGAUGAAAGACAACCUGAUAGACGAGGCAGUGGCGAAUGCUGGCGCUGACCCGAAAGACCUGGAGGAGAAGAUUGUCAGGCUGCAAGGCAACCUGGACGUGAUGCAGACCAAGUUUGCACAGCUGAUGGCAGAGUACACCUCUGGACAGAUGAGGAUAAAGCAGAGGGUCACCACCAUGGAGGAAAAAGUAAAGUCCAUGAAACCAGAGGAUCUCUCUGAAGUAGUGGCCGACAAGGACAAAAAAGUCCAGUGAUCCAGAGCUGUUCCCAAGAACUUGACAAUUCUAUUUCUCCAUCUCCAGGAAAUGUCCGCAUUUCUGUUUCUACAGCACGCUUGUUCUUCUCACAAUGUGUCAAAAUGUAUACAGCGUAUGCAGAAACUGUGUUUAUGUGUAUGCUGGCUGGAAACAAGUUUCAUGUCGUCAUGAAACACCUUUAAUAUGUGGAGAAGAAGCACCUGUCUGCCAAAAUAAUGGCUCCUCAUGACCGUAGACUAGCCACAAUUAUUUUUUUUAUCAGCUCAGAGAUUUUUGCGGAAAAUGUACCGAUUAGUGAACUCAGUAUUACUCUGAAAUGCACUGUCUAUUUCUAUUUAUUACCUCAUGAUAACGUACAAAACAAACUAAAAUGUGAGUUCUGUACAUGAGUUAUUGUCAGCAAACAUCAGCGGCUAUACAUUUUAUUUGUCAAUAAAAGCUAAAAUGCUCCUAUUUCUUUGAUGUACAUGGAAUGCUUGAAACUCAAAUGGUAAAGGGGGUAAUC